CUGAAUACUUCAUAGUUAUGAAAUUUUAAUUAAAGUGGCCACUUGUAAUUUUGACAAUGGCUGACCAAGAUGCAAAUAAUAAUAAUCUUCCUUUGAGAGAAAAUUUAGUAAAAACUGCUGUGGAAUUUUUACAAAAUCCUAAGGUACAAAGUAGUCCUGUCGGUCGUAAACAAGAGUUUCUUCAAAAAAAGGGUUUAACAGAGGAGGAAAUUAAAAGGGCGUUUAAAUUAGCUUCUAUUGAUACAACAGUUGAUCAAAAUGUUAUCCAUAGUACAAGUGAUUAUUCAGUGGUUCCUAUUCCACCAGGUCGAAUGUAUCCAUAUUUUCAAACAUACUCAUACCAAAUAACUAUUUUCCAAAGAAUUAAAGAAUUCUUCAAUGCUACUGCCUUAAUUGGAACUACUAUAUAUUGUGUUUACUGGUUUUAUAAGAAGUUUAUUGAACCCUUUUUAUUUGGUCGGAAAAAAAAGAAAGAUAUAGAAGACUCAGUCACUGAAUUAGAUAAGACUGUUCAAAAUUCUAUGGAAGAAGUAAAGCAGUCCAUUUCAAAAGUUGAGGGAGAUGUACAAAAGUUGAUACAGAAUCAGUCUAUGGAUCCAAUGGUACCUCAAUUGGUACAAGAAUUGAAACAAGAAUUAGGUAGUCUCAAAUCUUUACUUUUAUCAAGAAAACAAUUUCCAAGUGCACCAGCAUCAACAUUAGCACCAGCUAUAUCUAUACCAACAUGGCAAUUAGAUGCUGCAGGUACAAGUCAAGAAAAAUCAACUGAACGAGAAGAUGAUGCUGGAAGUGGAAGUAGUGCUAAUAAUUCAGAUAGUUCUCUGGAAAUGAUACGUGAAGAUCCACCCAAGGUGUAAAAUUAACAUAGUUUGUAAACAUUCACUUCCAUCAUAACAGUCUUCGAUAUACAGAAUAUUCUGUGAUGUCUAUUAAAAGAAAUAGAUGAUUUUGAUCAUGUGUAAUAUAUAUUGAAAAUCGACGUUCUUACAAUUAUAAUAUUAACGAUUCAACUUUCAUUUUGCCCAAUUUUCUUUUGACUUUGUACUGCAAAAUUAAAUUAUAAUCGUUUCUAUUCUUACGGAAAAUAUUUAAAGCUGCUUAUAAAGUAAAGGGACACAUGUAAUGCAUCGAUUUUUAAACAAAUUUAAAUGUUUAUAAAUGGUGGUUGUUACUUAAUUUUGUUUUAAAAAACUUUAAAGAAGUUACUAUUUUCCCCGCUUUAAUUAUUAGUAUCGAUGUUCCAUCCCUGUUGUUAAAGGCUUCAAAUAUUGUUUAAUAAUUUUUAUAAAAAUGAAAUAAAAAAAUAAAAUAAAAAAUAAGAAUAUU